CCAGAGGAGCGCCAGACUGGGCGCUGGCCAAUGGCGUUUGAGCCCCGCCGAGAGUAAUGUUAGAGAGCUGAAGACUGAAGACACUGCGUAUCGCCACUGUUCCCUCACAUACAGCCAUUGCAGAGCAUUGAGAUCCAGCGAUAGUCCCUUGAUACUGCCGUCAUAAUGGGGAAAGAUCCGACCAAGCCGAGGGGCAAGAUGUCCUCUUAUGCGUAUUUUGUCCAGACCUGUCGGGAGGAGCACAAGAAGAAACACCCUGAGGCUUCUGUGAACUUUUCCGAGUUCUCCAAGAAGUGUUCUGAGCGCUGGAAGACAAUGUCUGCCAAGGAGAAGGGCAAGUUUGAGGACCUGGCAAGGCAGGACAAAGUCCGCUAUGAGAGGGAGAUGGUGAACUACGUGCCUGCCAGGGGAGCAGGCAAGACGAAGAAGUUCAAGGACCCCAAUGCCCCCAAGAGACCCCCAUCCGCUUUCUUCAUCUUCUGCGCAGAUUUUCGCCCUAAGGUGAAAGGUGAGAGCCCUGGUCUGACCAUUGGAGAUGUUGCCAAGAGGCUGGGCGAGAUGUGGAACGGCACCUCUUCAGAGGACAAGCAGCCCUACGAGAAGAAGGCCGCUAAACUGAAGGAGAAGUAUGAGAAGGAUGUUGCAGCCUAUCGUGCUAAGGGCAAAACCGGCGCUGCAGCACCAGCAAAAGCCCCGGCCAAGGUGGAGAAAAAAGACGACGACGACGACGAUGAUGAUGAGGAAGACGAUGACGACGACGACUUCGAUGAUGAUGAUGAUUAGAUGGUGACAUAUAUAGUGGUCAAUUUCUUGUUUAUAAAGCAUUUAACCCCCUUGUACACACUUCACUUACUGAAAGAAAAUACGUUAGUAUCCAAGGGGUAAAAAAAACAUCAAAAAAGGCUGUGUAUAUCAGUUGUUUUUAUGCUGUACAGUUUUUUUCUCCUUUUUUGUAUAGUUAACACUACAAAAGUGUCGUAUCUGUAUCUUUCUGCCAGUCUUAUUAUUUCCAGUGAUAGUUCCUAGACCACUAUCCGGCCUGGUACAGUGUAGAGGGGUGGGCCUUCAGUAAUUACCCUAGUUAGAGGUGCACAGCACAUAAAAAACGUUCUGAGUUUGAUCUGAGUGUUUCUCUUCCUUUUUUUCCACCUUUUCCUGUGUGUUAUUAUUUUAAAUGACAUGUUAUCGAAUUUGACGUAUCACGGUUGUUUUACUGAUCUUUACGUACCACUGUAAUAGCAAAAGUAAGAAAAAAAGCCUGGUUUAUUGUUGAAAUUUAAAUUGCUUCUGAUGUCAAUAAACAUUUUUUUUUAAUAA